CAUAGCAGGCACGGGGGACGACGACACAUAUCUCGGUUCAUAACAGUAGCCUGGUGUAGUUUAGGCACUGAGGCACAGAGUCGGAUAACAGACUCCCCCCGUCUUGCAGGUGGUGCAGUCCUACUUGAUAGUGUCAUGGCGCUGCCCUGUGUCAGGUUGGGAGUCGUGCGGCUCCGGUCCGGGGCUCUUCUCAGGUGUCUGUGUCGGAGCAGCAGCCAUCAAGCAGUGACAGCUGCAGAAGAGAUCGAUAUUCCGAGGAGGAAGACCUGGGACAAGACCGCUGUUCUGCAGGCACUGGCAUACACAGUCAACCAUGACCCAACAGCCGCCUCUUAUGUCUUUCAGGAUGACCCUUACCUCAUACCUAGCACAUCCACAGAUUAUAAACUAUACUCCAUGUCUAAAGAAUCUGGAAAAAAUGCAGCAAAGUAUAUUGUGAAUAUGUAUCCAAACCUGUUUCAGAAAGACAUUGCAGAACCUCACAUUCCAUGUCUAAUGCCUGAGAACAUCCAACCUCAGAUUGAAAGUGUCAGCGAGGAAGCACUGAAUGAACGCAUGAAGCUUAGAAGAGUGAAGGAAUCCAUUGACUUGUUCGACCAACUUCUUCAAGGCGGCACAACACCCUCACUGGAGACCACAAACAAACUUCUAGAUCUUCUUUGUUUCUAUGGGGACCGUGAGCCCAGUACGGAUGACCAAGAGGAUAAUGAGAGUGAAAAUGUUAAGAGGAGAAAUGUUUCUAUGAAAAGUAUCCCUGCUGGAAAAACAUGGAAGGAAAAUAACAAUGCCGAGAGAAUCUUCAACCUGAUGCCAGAAAGGAACGCCCAUUCUUACUGCACCAUGAUCCGAGGAAUGGUGAAGCACGGAGCUUAUGCCCAGGCAUUCAACAUGUACACAGAGCUUCUAAACAACAGACUGACCGGAGAUGUGUGGACUUUCAAUGCAUUGAUAUUAGCUGCUCCAGAGACUAAAAAGGAGAUGAAUGAGAAGUCUGCCCUGAUUGUGGACCUACUAAACCACAUGGUGCAACAAAAUGUUAAACCAAACUUACUAACCUUCAAUUCCGUCAUGAAGAGCUUACGCAAGAUGGGCUCAGCAGUGAAAGGCAUGGCAAUGCAGACCCUAAUGGAGAUGAAAGCACUUAAUAUAGAACCAAGCCUUUCCACAUACAGCCAUUUGUUGGGAGUGUUUUAUAAACCAGGUGAUUUACUGAGCCAAUCACAACUGUUGGCCUCUAUCCUGGAGCAGGUGCGAGGAAAGAGCUUUACAGCCAAGGAUCCAGAUGACCUUUUAUUUUUCAGCGAAGCCAUGAGAGUGUGCUUGGAAGCCAAAGAUCUGGACUUGGCCUAUGAUGUUCACAGACUGCUGAACACUGGGGAUAACUGGAGGCUGGUAGGAAAGCCUACUCAGGAGAUUGCUUACUAUGGCAGGCUCUUCAACAUAGUGUGUAUGAUGGAAAAUGUUGACAUGGUCUUGAAGUGGUACAGAGAGCUGGUCCCAUCACGCUAUUAUCCCACCUCCAGAGGCUUCCAGAACCUCCUUCAAGUGCUGGAGAUGGAGAAUCGACUUGAGCUCAUACCCAAACUCUGGAAAGAUAUCAAAAUAAUUGGCCAUGGUAACAAGGAAUACUUGCUUGAGGAAAUCCUAAACUUGAUGGCGAGCGGGAAACGGAAUGCAGAGCUCCAGACUGCAUUUGCUGAUACUGCCGUAUCUAUAAAAUCUGUGUAUGACUCCAGUGAAAAUUCUAGAAUUCCACUAAAGGCAUCUGCAGCUGCAUUUGGGAAUAUAGCAAUACUGCUGUCAAGAGCCGGGAGAUUGGAGGAAGCUUGGAAAAUUCUUAGUUCUUUCAAAGUGAAGCAUCUUGUUCCCCGGCCAAAUGUGAUCACCGAGGUUUUAGAUGCCGCUAAAGCUGCAGAGAAUAGGGCUGUGGCUAUGGACCUGGUGCAGCUGGCGGUCAGCUUCAGUUUGCCCGACACGGCGCAGAUAGCUCAGCGAGUGCUGAAUGACUUCACCCUGACAGAAGAACAGAGGAUAACCUUACAAGACCUGACCCAGAGCAGCGGCACAAGCAGCAGCAGCAGCAGCAGUAGUGACAGUGACCAUGAUUAGGAUACUAGCACUGGAUUGUGGAACAUCUGUCAUCGCUGCUUCAGAUUAUUGAAGAGGGAAAAAAGACUCUUCAGUGUUAUGUUUUUUUGGGUAGGGUCACACACAGCGCAUCCACAGCGUAUUUCAUGAGGUGGAUGCGCCGAUGGCAGUUACAAGACCAACCUCCCUGCUGCGGCUGGAUAGCUCUGCAGAUGUGCAGCGGGAAAUUCCAUGCUACGAGCAGACACACAGAGCUACUUGGCUGCAGCCGGGAGCUUGCGCUUGUGACUACCAUCGGCGCAUCCACCUCGUGAAAUAUGCUGUGGAUGCGCUGUGUGUGACCCCACCCUUAAAGUGCAUUCAUCUUAAUCUCCCUGGAGAAUUUAUAAUAAAUUAUUUCUGAAGUUUUUUUUUUUCUUUUUAUACUGCUCAGUGUGAAGCUUAUGUCUCCUAUGUGCAUAUAAAAUACAUAAACAAGUCGA